ACAAUGCCAUGGCCAAACUGAAAUGUUGGAACAUAAAAUUGAUGUUUAAAAUGUGUAAAUAUUUUUUGGUGCUUUUACUCUGAACACAAUCUAAAUUUAUAAUAAUGCUAUCAACAUUUGUGCGGAGGUCUAGUGCGGUGCGUUCUGUGCCGGCGGUAUUCGGUCGGCAUCAGAGGCAGCCCCAAGUAUUGCUGUCCCGUACGUUUCCUCUGAUCCCGCCCAGCCAGUAUGACAUGCCCUGGCCUAAAAAGCUCAGCUUGCGUCACGUGCUGCGCGUCUACUGGGAGACCAUACCUCUGUUUUGUUGUAUUGUAUUUUCCGGUUUUUUGGUGGUUGUUUUUUCUGCGUGGUCCGUUUUACAUAAGGUGGAUGUAGUUUAUAAAGGGCAUAAAAACGAGAACAUAUCGCGUACGAUGGACUUACGGAACCCCACGAUACACCAGUUGCUCAUGGUGAACAGCAACAGCAAGACAUACGAGCCCUGGCCCGAGAUGCAGGACGUGCUGGACAAGAUGCAGGAAGCAGAGAGGAAAGCUGCGCUCGAAACUUGCAACAAACCAAAGUAAUGAAGUGUUUAGACACCAUGGUCGUGAAAUUACAUGAGGUUCCCUACGUA